CAAGUAUCAAAAGCAUUCCCAACACACCCAAGUACCUUUCCUUUUAGCUUUCUGGGAAAAUCAAUGGCUCCCAUUCAACAAGUCCUUCAAGAUUUUCAAGCAUUGCCCUUUGCCAUCCCUGUUGCACUGGGUGCUCUGUCUUUGCUUUUCCUGUUUUCCAUCAAAGGUUUAAUCUUUACCAAGAAGAGUGCAUUUUCCCAACUCCCUUCUGUGCCAGUGGUACCAGGGCUGCCGGUGGUGGGGAAUUUGCUGCAACUGAAGGAUAAGAAGCCUUACAAGACGUUUACAAAGUGGGCUGAGAAGUAUGGACCUAUCUAUUCUAUCCGGACUGGUGCUUCAACCGUGGUCGUUCUCAAUACUACGGAUGUUGCCAAAGAGGCCAUGGUGACCAGAUAUUCGUCCAUGUCAACGAAAAAGCUAUCAAAGGCACUAAAGAUUCUCACUUGCAAUAAAUGUAUGGUUGCAAUAAGUGACUACAACGACUUUCACAAGAUGAUAAAACGAUACAUACUCACAAAUGUUCUUGGAGCAAAUGCGCAGAAGCGACACCGAAGCCACAGAGAUACCAUGAGGGAGAAUGUUGCAAGCCGAUUGCAUGCUCAUGUAAAGAGCGCUCCUCAAGAAGCUAUUAAUUUCAGGAAAAUAUUUGAAUAUGAACUCUUUGGAAUUUCAUUGAAGCAAGCCAUAGGAAAGAACAUAGAAGACUCCAUUUAUGUGGAGGAGCUUGGCACUACAUUGUCGAGAGAUGAGAUCUUUAAGGUUCUAGUGCUUGACAUAAUGGAGGCUGCAAUUGAUGUUGAUUGGAGAGAUUUCUUCCCUUACCUGACAUGGGUUCCCAAUAAGAGCUUAGAAAUGAAAAUUCAGAGACUCUAUACCCGCAGGAGUGCAGUAAUGAAUGCCCUGAUCNNNNAUCGGAAGAAGGGAAUUGCGUCAGGAGAGGAACUAAAUUGUUAUACCGACUACUUGCUUUCUGAAGCAAAAACGCUUACAUCAGAGCAAAUAGCUAUGUUGCUUUGGGAGACGAUUAUCGAGACAGCGGAUACAACAUUGGUAACAACAGAAUGGGCUAUGUAUGAAAUUGCUAAAGAUUCAAACCGACAGGGUCGUCUCUAUCAAGAAAUCCAAAAUGUUUGUGGAUCCAACAAGAUCACUGAGGAACAUUUGUCCCAACUUCCAUACCUGAGUGCUGUUUUCCAUGAAACUCUAAGGAAGCACAGUCCAGCUCCGAUAGUUCCUUUAAGAUAUGCACAUGAAGAUACCCAAUUAGGAGGUUACUAUGUUCCUGCUGGAUCAGAGAUUGCUAUUAAUAUAUACGGGUGCAACAUGGACAAGAAUCAAUGGGAAAGCCCUGGAGAAUGGAAGCCGGAGAGAUUUUUGGAGCCAAAAUACGAUCCAAUGGAUUUGUACAAGACCAUGGCAUUUGGAGCUGGAAAGAGGGUUUGUGCUGGUUCUCUUCAGGCAAUGCUAAUAGCCUGCACCACAAUUGGUAGGCUGGUGCAGGAGUUUGAGUGGAAGCUGAGAGAUGGAGAGGAAGAAAAUGUUGAUACUGUUGGGCUCACCACUCACAAACUCCACCCAAUGCAUGCCAUCCUAAAACGAAGAAAUUAGCCUCGAGCUUCGUUUUUGUUCCAAGCCCACAAGUUGUUUGUGGCUGAGGCCUUUGCGUUGCUUAUUGCCUAGACUUUUUCUUUUCUUUUCCUUUUUCUAAAUUUAAGAUGAUUCUGGGCUUUAUCAACUUCGUUAUGCCAUCUGAAAAACAAAUGUAAUCACACAGGUGAAUAACUUAUGAAGUAUCAGCAUCCUUUUGCCUUCUUUAUCUUUUCUGCAUUCAAACUUCGUUUAUGUUAAUUACUUCUGAUUCUGGUGCAUGUAAUUAAGCAUGAAGCUGAGACUACAUAUUAAAAU